GGCCAUGUUUGAGGUGGACAUGAAAGAGCGUGGUGAUGGUUCAGUGACUCUGGGUAACCAGUGUCCAGUGGCGGUGGGUUCUUUCCUGGACUUUGCCUAUUCUGGAGAGACACUCAUCACUGAUGGCAAUGUAGACAUGCUGUUUCAGCUUGCCUCUUUUCUGCAGGUAUCAGUCUUGUCCCGAGCAUGCAGCAACUUCCUGAUAGGAACCAUGGAUCUCAGUAAUUGUCUGUCCCUCUUCUCCCUCGCUGAGGCCUACGGCUCUGCCUCUCUCCUCCAAAGUGCCAACGAGUUUGUGGUUCGGAACUUCUCUGACCUUUCCAAAACCAAGGACUUUCUGGAUAUGCAGGUGAAUGUGUUGGAGGCUUGCCUAAGUUCAGAUGCUCUGAACGUUCCCAAUGAGGAGGCCGUGGUGAUGUCACUUCUCAGAUGGACACGCCAUAAUCUCCCAGGAAGACAAAAACUGUUUCCGGGCCUAUUAUCUCUAACCAGACUCCACCAUUUACCUGCACCUACUCUGCGUGACUCAGAGGCCCUCCUCUGCGAUGGUAAGUCGUGUCUCGCUCUGCUCUCAGAGGCUCUUAGCAGGCAGGAUCAGGACGGCGGCCUGCUCUCUGACGCCAGGCCAGCCACCACACAGAGCUACAUCUACAUCCACAAGACGGAGGAGAACGGCGAGAUCCGCCACACCUUCUGUUACUGUCUGGAAACAGACCAGUGGAAAGAGUUGGGGACAGGGCACGGAGAGGGGGUCACUGCAAUGCCAGACCCACCAGGAUCCUGCCUUACCAGCUUUGCUGAGAAGCUGUUUGUGACAGGCGGUUGCCAGGGGAACUGUUGCCGGGCAAUACGUCUCCAUGUGGCAGAGCCGUUCCAUGAUGCUACGGACAAGGUUUGGUGCUUCUGUCCUGUGACCCUAACCUGCACGCCUGCGCCUGCCAUGCGAAAGCCCAGAACCAUGCACACAGCUGUAACCUGCCUGGACCGAGUGUACGUCAUUGGAGGACGGACCAAUGGACCAAGAGAGGGAGCUCCUAGUCUGCUGGAGGUGGAGUCUUUUAACCCUCUGAUCCAGACCUGGUGCUCAGUCAGCCCGCUGCCCACUGCCAUCUUCUACCCGGAGGCCAGUGCUUGUGGAAGUGUUAUCUAUACAUUGGGCUCAGAGGUGGAGAUCACAGACUCCUUUAACCCCACACUGGACUGCUUCUUCUGCUACAACACCCAGCAGGACCAGUGGAGCCGCCUGGUGGCAGAGUUUGGCCAGUUCUUCCAUGCUACACUGGUUAAGUCAGUGUCAAUAAAUAACACACUGCACCUCUGUGACCUGUCCACUUACAAGGUCUACAGCUUUUGUCCAGAGACCUGCGCGUGGAAGGGUGAAGGGUCAUUUGAGUGUGCAGGGUUCAAUGCUGGAGCGGUUGGUCUUAGAGACAGAAUCUACAUCCUGGGUGGGGACUAUUCACCUGACGAGAUUACCGAUGAAGUUCAGGUGUACCACAGUGAGAGAAACCAAUGGGAGGAAGUGACCCCCAUGCCCAGAGCACUCACUGAGUUCCACUGCCAGCUAAUCAACUUCAACAGAUACAAAGACCCGUGGGGUGACACAGGAGACACACACUCAUGAAGACCUGUGAGUGGAUAUACAUGUGUGUGCUACAUAUGACACUGACGUGAGCAAGUAUCCACGAGUCUCCCUUGAGUCUUUCAAACCUCUGUGUAUGUCAGACAGCUGACUGAGAGAAUGACCAUCUUUGACUAUCA